AUGUCGGAAAUAUUUAAACUUGGAGACCUUGUUUGGGCGAAAAUGAAGGGAUUUUCACCGUGGCCAGGCCGAGUUUCAAAUCCACCAAAGGAGUUGAAAAAACCACCGACUGCCAAGAAAGGUCCAGUCCAUUGUAUAUUUUUCUUUGGAACUAACAAUUACGCGUGGAUAGAGGAAACUAAUAUCCAACCUUAUCACGAAUUCAAAGAUAAGUUAAUCAAAUCUAGCAAGACUGGUGCUUUUAAAGAUGCAGUUGAAGCAAUCGAAGAAUUCAUUGCGAAAGGAGAGAUUUUUGACGACGGAUUAGAUUCAGAUUCACUUUUCGAUAGGCUAAAAGAGGAAACAGUUGUUCCUGAAAAGAAAAUUCCAAAGAUUUCAAAACCGCGAAAGGAAUCAGCGCCAAAAACAAAACGAGCAGACAAUAGUGCCGAUAGUCGUCCAGCGAAAAAAGCCAGACGUGGGUCAAGUGCUAGCAACAGUGCUAACAACCGUGCUGGUAGUGUAAGCCCAAGGUUAAUAAACCACUCACCGUCUCCACCGAGGAAAUCUGGAUCAACACUUCUGAACAGGCCAGCGAAUAUCGCUCGACCCGUGACUCCUCCUAUGGAUGUAUUAACGUUGUCGCAAACGCUGAAAGAAAAGAACAUUCUGCCGUCAAAUCUCAAGUUUGGCUUCCUCGGGCUUGGUAUCAUGGGCAGCGGAAUAGUAAAGAAUCUCAUCAACAGCGGACACAGUGUCAUAGUCUGGAAUAGAACUCAAGAAAAGAAGCCACCGAUAACUCUCACCUUGACCGAUACGAUGAAGCAUUAG